UGAGAAAGCAAGCCGUUCCCCUCCCGUGUAGCACAUUGCCUGGGCGUUCCUAUUAUGGAAGUUAAGUGAGAAACUCUGCAGCUUGAACUGAUUUGGGGAGAGAAAGGGAGAGAAAAGGGUAGGGGGAGGGCGAGAGGAAAGCAAGAUAGCCGAACCAAGCCAAUGGUUUUCCUGCAAAGUGCCGGGAAGUUUGUGGAGCACUUUCUAGGAAUCAGGUCCUUUCUCAGAGUCUCUCCUUGUCUUCCGAAGAAAGAGCUUGCUUUUGGAUUGCCAUGGAUCCUAAAGAGUCUUAGACACACUUGAAUAAUUCCUCUGCUCGGGCUGGAUUGGUGGGAAUUUAGGAAGGAGCGUGUGUGCAAAGCAGAAGCCUCCGGAGCUCACUCGCUGCUCUAAUCUGUAUGGAUCUAAAAGUGUCACAUUCAAGACCUUUGCAUCUGCAGCUUUUGAUUUCAAGAUUUCCCUUUCCACUUUAAGUAGCUGCUAGGAAACUGAAAACUUUCGGACCUACCUCUUACUGGCUUUGGAUACUUUUUUUUUCUUUUUACUUUUUUUCUUUUUUUUUCUUUUUUUUUUUUUUUGAUCUCUGUGGAAUUAGUCUCGCAAGCGAUCGGAAUUGCUUUUACUAUGUCAAAAUGGGUCUGCUGACGCCACUCCUGCUCUUCGGAUUUGCAUUUUUUCAAGUCUAUGGAUCCCGUCUCCGCCAGGAGGACUUUCCGCCGCGGAUCGUCGAGCACCCUUCAGAUGUGAUAGUGUCCAAAGGAGAGCCGACAACUCUGAACUGCAAAGCCGAGGGACGGCCGACUCCCACCAUCGAGUGGUACAAGGAUGGGGAGCGGGUGGAGACGGACAAGGACGACCCUCGCUCCCACCGCAUGCUGCUGCCCAGCGGAUCUUUAUUUUUCUUGCGCAUCGUGCACGGCCGCAGGAGUAAACCCGACGAAGGAAGUUACGUCUGCGUAGCAAGGAACUACCUUGGAGAAGCUGUGAGUCGCAACGCGUCUCUGGAAGUGGCAUUGCUACGGGAUGACUUCCGCCAGAACCCUACAGAUGUUGUGGUGGCAGCUGGAGAGCCUGCCAUCCUGGAGUGCCAGCCACCUCGAGGACACCCUGAGCCCACCAUCUACUGGAAGAAGGAUAAAGUCCGCAUCGAUGACAGGGAGGAGCGGAUCAGUAUCCGUGGGGGGAAGCUGAUGAUCUCCAACACCAGGAAGAGCGACGCGGGCAUGUACACCUGCGUGGGGACCAACAUGGUGGGGGAGCGCGACAGCGACCCCGCAGAGCUGACUGUCUUUGAGCGUCCCACGUUUCUCAGGCGACCGAUAAACCAAGUGGUGCUGGAGGAGGAGGCCGUGGAUUUCCGGUGCCAGGUGCAGGGGGAUCCCACACCCACAGUCCGGUGGAAGAAAGAUGAUGCAGAUUUACCGAGAGGAAGGUAUGACAUCAAAGAUGACUACACUCUGCGCAUCAAGAAAGCCAUGAGCACGGAUGAGGGAACCUACACUUGCAUUGCUGAGAACAGAGUUGGAAAAGUGGAAGCCUCUGCUACCCUCACUGUGCGAGCUCGCCCCGUUGCUCCUCCACAGUUUGUGGUGAGACCACGAGAUCAGAUUGUAGCCCAAGGUCGUACAGUGACUUUUCCUUGUGAAACUAAAGGAAAUCCCCAGCCAGCUGUUUUCUGGCAAAAAGAGGGAAGUCAGAACCUACUCUUCCCAAACCAGCCUCUCCAGCCCAACAGCAGAUACUCAGUGUCACCGACCGGAGACCUCACCAUUACCAACAUCCAGCGCUCGGAUGCGGGAUACUACAUUUGUCAAGCACUGACGGUCGCUGGAAGCAUUUUAGCAAAGGCUCAGCUGGAGGUUACUGAUGUCUUGACAGAUAGGCCUCCACCCAUCAUCCUCCAGGGACCCAUCAACCAGACACUGGCAGUGGAUGGCACAGCUCUGCUGAAGUGCAAGGCCACCGGCGACCCCCUCCCUGUCAUCAGCUGGUUGAAAGAAGGAUUCACCUUCCUGGGCCGAGACCCUCGGACGUCCAUACAGGACCAGGGGACGCUUCAGAUCAAAGCGCUGCGGCUGUCUGAUACUGGGACUUACACUUGCGUGGCUACAAGUUCCAGUGGGGAGACCUCUUGGAGUGCUGUGCUGGAGGUGACAGAAUCCGGUGGAGCAACAGUCAGUAAAAAUUAUGAUAUAAAUGACCUCCCUGGGCCACCAUCCAAACCUCAGGUCACUGAUGUUACUAAGAACAGUGUCACCCUGUCCUGGCAGCCAGGGACCCCUGGAAGCCUACCAGCCAGUGCAUAUAUCAUUGAGGCUUUUAGUCAGUCUGUGAGCAAUAGUUGGCAGACGGUGGCAAACCACGUGAAGAGCACCCUCUACACUGUGAGGGGCCUGCGCCCCAACACGAUCUACCUGUUCAUGGUGAGAGCCAUCAAUUCACAGGGCCUGAGCGACCCCAGUCCCAUGUCAGAUCCUGUCAGAACACAAGAUAUCAGCCCACCAGCACAAGGUGUGGAUCACAGGCAAGUCCAGAAAGAACUGGGAGACGUCAUUGUACGGCUGCACAAUCCUGUUGUGCUGACACCCACGACAGUUCAAGUCACCUGGACGGUUGACCGCCAGUCCCAGUUUAUUCAGGGCUACAGGGUGAUGUAUCGCCAAACGUCUGGCCUGCCUUCUCCAGCUGUGUGGCAGAAUUUGGAGGUCAAAGUCCCCACUGAGCGCAGUGCUGUCCUCGUCAGCUUGAAGAAGGGGGUCACUUAUGAAAUUAAGGUUCGCCCUUAUUUCAAUGAAUUCCAAGGAAUGGACAGUGAAUCAAAAUCUGCUCGUACCACAGAGGAAGCUCCAAGUGCCCCUCCUCAGUCUGUUACUGUCCUGACAGUUGGAAACCACAACAGCACGAGCAUCAGCAUCUCCUGGGAUCCCCCCCCUCCAGAUCACCAAAAUGGAGUCAUCCAGGAGUAUAAGAUCUGGUGCCUAGGUAAUGAGACUCGAUUUCAUAUCAACAAAACAGUAGAUGCAGCCAUUCGGUCUGUAGUAAUAGGUGGCCUAUAUCCAGGUAUUCAGUACCGCGUGGAAGUUGCCGCAAGCACCAGUGCAGGUGUGGGAGUAAAAAGUGAGCCACAGCCCAUAAUAAUUGGAGGCCGUAAUGAAGUUGUCAUCACUGAAAAUAACAACAGCAUAACCGAGCAAAUCACUGAUGUUGUCAAACAGCCUGCCUUUAUAGCUGGCAUCGGUGGGGCAUGUUGGGUGAUUCUGAUGGGUUUCAGCAUCUGGCUGUACUGGCGAAGAAAGAAGAGGAAGGGGCUCAGCAAUUAUGCUGUCACUUUCCAAAGAGGAGAUGGAGGACUAAUGAGCAAUGGAAGUCGACCAGGUCUCUUGAAUGCAAGUGACCCCAGUUAUCCUUGGCUUGCAGACUCCUGGCCUGCCACAAGUCUGCCAGUAAACAACAGCACUAGUGGACCCAAUGAUCUUGGCAAUUUUGGUCGUGGAGAUGUGCUGCCACCAGUGCCAGGGCAAGGAGAUAAAACUGCUACUAUGCUUUCUGAUGGAGCCAUUUACAGCAGCAUCGACUUCACCACGAAAACCAGUUACAACAGUUCCAGCCAAAUAACGCAAGCUACACCAUAUGCCACCACCCAGAUACUGCAUUCCAACAGCAUCCAUGAGUUGGCUGUCGAUUUACCUGAUCCUCAGUGGAAAAGCUCAAUUCAGCAAAAAAAUGACCUGAUGGGAUUUGGUUACUCUCUCCCAGAGCAAGGCAAAGGCAACAAUGCCUUGCUUUACAUCCCUGACUACCGGGUGGCUGAGGGACUGGCUAAUAGAUUGCCACACAACCAGUCACAGGAUUUCAGCACCACCAGCUCCCACAACAGCUCCGAAAGGAGUGGCAGCCUCUCAGGUGGCAAAGGAGGGAAAAAGAAGAAAAACAAAAAUACUGCCAAGCCCCAGAAAAGUAAUGGUUCAAACUGGGCCAGUGUUCCCCUCCCGCCCCCUCCUGUGCAGCCACUUCCAGGCACAGAGCUGGAACACUAUGGGGUGGAUCAGCAAGAAGCAGGAUACGACAGUGACGGUUGGUGUCCACCUUUGCCAGUUCAGACCUACCUACAUCAGGGCAUGGAGGAUGAGCUUGAAGAAGAUGAUGAUCGUGUUCCCACACCUCCUGUCCGAGGAGUAGCUUCAUCACCUGCCAUCUCCUUUGGGCAGCAGUCGACUGCAACCCUCACGCCUUCCCCACGAGAGGAGAUGCAGCCAAUGCUUCAAGCUCACCUUGAUGAAUUAACAAGGGCUUACCAGUUUGAUAUAGCAAAGCAGACAUGGCACAUCCAAAGCAAUACACAACCUCCUCAGGCUCCCGUUCCACCCCUAGGAUAUGUAUCUGGAAACCUUAUUUCAGAUUUGGAAACAGAUGUUCCAGAUGAGGAUGAUGAUGAAGAUGAUAUUGAAGAAGAAACUGUAGAAAUCAGUAGGCCACUAAGAGGUCUAGAGCAUACUCCAGGCUCCAGUAUGGACAAUCUAGACAGCUCUGUGACAGGUUCAAUGGUAAAUGGAUGGGGUUCUGCGUCUGAUGAGGACCGUAACUUUUCUAGUCAUAGAUCUAGUGUAGGUAGCUCCUCAGAUGACUCGAUCUUUACCAGCGGCAGUUUUGCACAAGCACUGGUUGCAGCAGCAGAUAAAGCUGGUUUUAGGCUGGAUGGAACCAGCCUGACAAGAACAGGCAAAGCAUAUUCUUCCUCUCAGAGACCUCGGCCGAGCAGUCCUUUUUCUACUGACAGCAACACCAGUGCAGCUGUCAAUCAGGGUCAGAGGCCGAGGCCCACUAAAAAACACAAGGGAGGACGGUUGGACCAGCCCCCUUUGCCUCAUCGUAGGGAGGGAAUCACAGACGAUCUUCCACCACCACCCGACCCGCCCCCUGGUCAGGGUUUAAGGCAGCCCAUAGUCCCCGGCCAGCGCGGAGGCUCGGCAGAGAGGAAAGGAAGCUCUCUUGAGAGGCAGCAUGCACCGAACGUAGAUGAGACAAAGAGCUCCCUGGACCGGCAAGCUAGGACAUCUCUAGAGUGGCAGCGGCAAACCCAGGAGUGGAUAAGCUCUACAGACCGCCAAGAGGAUUUCAGGAAAGCCCAACACAAACAAGCCUUCGGAUCAGAAGAGGCACUCGUACCAUAUAGUAAACCCAACUUCCCAUCCCCUGGUGGCCACAGCUCUUCAGGAACAUCUUCUUCUAAAGGAUCGACUGGACCUAGAAAAGGUGAAGUCUUGCGAGGAGGUCACCAACGCAAUGCCAGUGACCUUCUCGAUAUAGGCUAUGUGGGAUCAAACAGUCAAGGACAGUUUACUGGUGAAUUAUAGUAGUUGAGAAGACACAUUGCAAGCUGCUCUGAUGGACCAUCAGGUCUGAACUCAUGGAAGUGAUGACACUAAACAGUGCAAUGAACAUUUUCUUUAUUUAUGUACUAUUAAAAGAACUGUAAAUGCAAUGUAAAGACACACAGCCACACAUAUCCCACAGAUUCUUUACUUGUGUUCUUCUCUUUAAUACACCAUCCACCUUAAACUAUUCCUUGUCAGGAGUAUAUAAAAAAGAAAGAAAAAAAAUCACCCUCCAGGAUGAAAAGGAUUUCCUUCUGUAUAUAAUUUCUUUUGUUGCAUUGCUAUGCAAGCUCACCUUCUUUUUAGCUAUGUUCAUAUUCAUGUCUGUUUUUACUGGUCUGUUGUACUAUAUGUGAAUUAAUAGGCUGUGGUGCCAUAUAUUAACUUUUAAUUGUGUAACUUUUAUGUUUAAAGUUUGCACUGCAAUUUUAUUUGGUGAUAAGCACAAAACUCUACUCCUCAUGACAUGAAGAAAAAAAAGAGACUGAAUGUGUGGAGAAGGUUUACGUCCUGUAAGCUACUUUGGAUAACGCUGGAUGUAAAGGAGUAUGUUAGGUGGUUUUCCAUUGGGGUGUAGAAAUGAGAAAGUGACAGGCAAAACUGAUGUCAGUGAAGACAUUAGAGACAGAUUUAAAUCUUUUAAAAGCAAGCAACAUGGUUGCUCUUCCUAUUUAAGAAGGGGUCAGAAGUUGGAAGUGUGAGGUUAAAGGGCAAAUAUGAAAAUUAAAGGUAGCAUGAGAUGGCCUAGACCCUUUCACUAGAAUGAUGCCCUUAGUAUCUGUUUUUAGCCAUCCCAUGCCACUAAGUAAAGGGGAAGAAAAACAAACCUUGCUACAAACAAAAGAACUUAAGGUGUUUCACUAAAGCUGUUUUUGUAUUGCAGUUUUAAAAGAAUUAUUACCGUUAAUUUCUCCAGCCCAAAAUGUAAGACAGAGAUUUUCCUGGAGAAAAAAACCAAUAUAAAUGCAAGGAAUACCCACCAAGAAGUUAAGAAUGCAAUUUAUUGUUAAGACAUAUUCAGGCUGCUUCCAAAAAAUUGAAAUGUCAGAGUAUCUUAUUUCAUCUUUCCAAUACAUGUACAGUAGAAUAGAAGAUAGAGCUGCACCACUGAAAUUCAUGACAUUAAUUGUUUUGAUGCAGUCUACACAACCCUUUCUGUUCUGUUACUUGAAGUCUGCAAGAGUUGAAGUUGGAUCCACUAAAUUUGUAGUAAAGUGCUUAGUGUUUGGAAGGAAAGCAACAGUCAAACCAUUUUCGACUUGCAUUAAAUAUAUUUCUGGCAAUACACUACAUCCAAAAGCUGGAUAUAAGCAAAGAAAAUCUUUGACCUGUGUUUUAGUGAGUGACUUAAAACCCUACUAUGAUGAGGAAAUAACACGUUUAUACACUUUUUGAAUAAACCAGACUCUGUAAGUGGACAUUAAUGACAGCAUCCUGUCUCUUCAUUAAUUUUCAUGACUUUGUCCAAAUCUUCUGUACUUCUCAAAUCUCAAUGAGUAAAUUGUCAAGCUUUUCUUAGAAUAUUAUAUGUGGAUAGCCCACCCGUUACUUUGAUGCUUAAUUUAAAUAUUAAAUUUUACAGCUUAUUUCUGUUAGUUAUCUGACCAUGAACAUAAGUUUCCAUAGAAUACCUUUUUCAUAUAACCAGUCUAUGUUGUUUUAUAUAUUGCCUUGGAGCUCACCAGUAUUAAGAACACUUUUAGUAAUGGCAGAAUUUUAGAAAAGUAAAUUACAAUGCUAAAUAUGUGUUGCUUUUCAUUUCAUUAACUUGUUCCAUGAUAAGAUAAAACACUACAGCCAUCAACUAUAACUCAGCACUACAGAGUAUUUUAAAAAAGCUAGUUAACUUCCUUAAGUCAAGAUGUGUUAUUUAGCAGGUUACAAACAAAAAAAACUUGAGAAAAAAAUGUAUUAAUUUAUUUAUAUAUGUGACCAAUGAGUAUAUGUCAUUUUCCUGCGUGUUAAAGCACUACAGUUAAAAACAUUGCUUAAAAAUGUUCAAGUAAGAUAAAGAAUGCAUCAUAAUUACAUAUAUUUGGUUUUAUUUUGAUAUUAUCAUAUAAAGAGAUGACUAUUCAGAGUACAAUUCAAAUUUAAUUCUCUGGAAAAUGUUUAACUCAGUCACAGAUUGAUUUUUUUCCUUUUAAUUCAAAAGCUUGUGCUGAGCUUUGGUGGAACACCUUACUAACUAUAUGCUAUUCAAAAUUCAGUAUCAUUAGAGGUUGAUAAAGCCAUCCCAAUUACUUUCAAAUAUGUGUUUUAUCUCUUCCACUGGAAAGUAAAUGUGUGUCAGUAUUAAAGCUGUGCAGUACCAUGAUAUUCACUAACUUGUCCAUCUGCUUCUGUACAUUUUUGUUCAUUAAUAAUUUGCUUACAAUAUUACAUAAGGUGUUGUUGUGUAUGGCAAAGUGUCUCCAUUAUCUUACAGGUGAUGUCUCUUCUUUUUUUUUCUCUCUCUCUCUUUUCUAUACAGUGUACUUCCAAUGAACCACAGUACAUAUUUUUUAAAAUGCCAUUUAAUUUACUAUUUUAAAAGAAGUAUUCUUCUUUUUUUAAAAAAAAUGAAAACAUUUAUUGUGAAUAAUGUGUUUAAAGAAAAGGGAUGUUGUGGCAGCACUUAGAAUUGGUUUUUAAUUUUUUUUUUUAAA